AUGCGUGAUUAUCAUUUUAUUGCAAAGGACUUUCACUUCCUUAUGUCGUUCUUCUCCAAUUACUUAUAUGCACCAUCUCCGGGCGGUCUUGCGGCUCCUUCGGUUGUUGUUAUCGAACACCACUGUGAGCGUGAAGGAGGUUCAAACGCCCCACUCCGAGCGCAACCGUUUGUGCAAUUGCACCGCAAGCCACAUGUGGUAGGGUCAGAACGACAUGAAUCACAGUGGAGUUGCGUAAGCGGCUACGGUCGAAACUGCGCAGUAAAGAAAGCAGUUGGAAUCGAGGUGGGACCAUCGGGAACUGCAGCGAAGAAUGGUGCUAUCGGAGACCCUCUGGCUGCUACGCUCCACUGCGCAUUUUCGAGCGCAGCCGCUUACGCAACUGUACCGUGUUUCAUGUCGUGUUGA